AUGAUUGUAGGAUCCUUAUUGCUAUGGGCGGCCAUUAUCACCUGCGGAAGCUCCCAGACGUAUUUAGAAGAUGACCCAUCGGCAGUAGGUUUCAAUGUAACAAGAUGUGGACCUCUGGAUAUAGGGUUGAUAAUAGAUGCCUCCGGUAGUAUAGGCCCUCGUAGAUUCACCACAAUGUUGUCAUUUGUGGCGGAAGCAUUAAAACAAGGAGAUUUUGUAUCAUCACUCCGAGUAUCUGCUCUUACCUUCUCCAAAAGAGCUGUAGUUGAGUUCCUGUUUAACACUCACAUUGACAAAAAUGACCCCGGGAUGGAAAUUCUCAACAACAUUGCCGAGUUGGUCUACACUAAGGGUGUCACCAAUACUUCUGGUGCUCUGCGCGUGGCACAUGACACUUUGUUCGUGGACAAAAAUGGUGAUCGCGAGGAAGUCCAGAAUAUGGCGGUAAUCAUAACAGACGGUAACUCUAAUGUGGACCGUGAUCCGAUACAGGAUGCCAAUAAACUAAAGGAGAAUGGGGUCUAUGUUUUUGGAAUCGCAGUGGGAACAGACAAAAGUAUUAACAUAGAGGAGAUGAAGUCAAUAGUUUCAGAACCCGACAAACUGGUUCGUCUGAAACGCUAUGAUGAUCUCAUUCCUUUCAGGGAAACCAUUGUCAAAAGAAUGUGUACCCCUUUUAUAAAACCACCGAAUUGUAAAGAAGAAGAGGUGAAGAAGGAGCGAUGUCGUAAGGUACAGUGUGUCAAUGGAGACUGGCAAAACGUAGGAUUCUAUGGAUGCUGCUACAAAGGCCGAUUCCUGUCGUGGAACCAGCAGGUACAGAUUGACUGUGACACGUAUAAAUGUUACCAGGACGGUGCUUGUCAGGAGGCCGUCUGUCAACAUUACAGAGUCUCAAAAGUCAGUGAUGGUUGCCUGGUCGACGAUAAGUGUAUCGAGGAAGGAGCAGCAAUUGUAGUAGAAAAUGUUUGUGAGACCUUUAAAUGUGAAUCUGGAAUUUAUAAAAUGAUUCAAAAAGAUUGUUUGGAUCCAAAUGGGAAGUGUGUGGAAAUCGGUGGAAGCUAUACGGAGCACUGUGUUACCCAUCAGUGUCAGGCGUUCAACGGCAUGGUGGAAUUCAGACCAAUUCGCACUGGCUGUGCUUACAAUGGGGGAUGUUAUAACCUUGGGGCCACUGUUAUGGAAGACUGUAACCAGUUGGUCUGUUCCUAUGACGAUGUUUCCCUGGGAUACGACUUCAUUCUACAAUCACAAGGAUGCAAUGAUAACGGCAAAUGUCGCGCUGUGGGUGAUGUUUGGGUAAACAAAGACCUGUGUAUUCGAUACAGAUGUAAUUACAACAAGAAACAACAAAGAGUUGUAAUCAGGGAGCAGUCGAUGGGCUGUCAGGCUGACAAUGGUUGUGUGAAGAAGGGAACAGAAAUAAGCGUUGAUGGCUGCAUCAAAUACGUCUGCAACAAAAAGGGGGACUUGGAGGUACUCUCUGUUGGGUGUGAGUUUGGUGGCUUGUGUAAAGCCGUCAAUGAGACCUGGAAGACUCCGGGAGAUAAAUGUACAAACUACGUGUGUUUGUCUGAAACGGCUGAAGACGGCAGCCCAUCGGCCUACGUUCAGAAGGAGCAAGACUGUCACGAUUUCAAUGGAAACUGUGUCAAGGUCGGUCAGACUGUUAAGGAGAAAUGUAACACCUAUCAGUGUGAUGCUAGAGGACAUCUGGAACCUAUCGCCGCUAAGUGUUCAUACAAGGGGCGGUGUUACGACAUAGGCGCUCAGUGGAUUGAUGACGUCUCUUGCCAGCGACUCAAAUGUAAUGGGGGCCCCUCUGGAUUGUUCCCAGUCAUACUAAGGACCGACAUUGGGUGUGUAGAUGAAAGUGGACAAUGUUACCUUGAGAAUGCCACCAAACAGAUAGAGAACAGCUGUCUACGUUACCAAUGUUAUGAGGAUCGUAUACUGAGACUUGAAGUAUGUGAGUAUAAACAUACCUGCUACGAAAUCGGAUCCACUUGGGUGGACAAAGAUGACUGUGUCACGGUUCGGUGCGUUCGUGACCCCAGAUCGGGGAAUGCGGCUGUAGAAUCGGCUCCGUUUGGAUGUUUUAUGGACAAUGUCUGUCAUGAACCUGGUUACAAGAUCACCAGAGACUGUCAAGAUUACGAGUGUAAAGGUGCAGGAGAGGGCUUCCAAGUUAUCAAAGCAGCUUGUACAUGGAAGGGGGGUUGCAAAGAAAAGGAUGAAACCUGGUUUGAUCCUCAGACCUGUACAAAAUAUGGUUGUUAUGAAGACGAAGACGGACUGGAUGUGGUCGAGGUCACAUAUGGAUGUACCAGCGAGAGCAGUCAGUGUAUACAGGGAGGGAACCAGCACAGUGAAGGAUGUAACAAAUAUGAAUGUGUCGAUGGAAAACUUCAGGUUCUAUCAAUGGGAUGUGAAUUUAAGGAUGGUUGCUUGGCCGCUCGUAAGAGAUAUUUUGAUAAGGUGAAUUGUGUGCAAUAUGCCUGUGUCGUCAAAAACACAACAGAGGGUUCCAUUUCCACUCAGCUUAAGGAAAGAUGGGGUUGUUUGGAUUAUGAUAAGUGUUACCUGCCUACCCGUAAGAAGACAGAGGACUGUACCACAUACAGGUGUAGGGCGAAAACACGGUCGUUUUCAGUCCUUUAUACAGAGUGUGAGUGGAUGGGGAAAUGCGUCUCCCUUAAUACCACCUGGGAACAUUCCUCUAAGUGUCUGACCUACAAGUGUGUUCUGGACUCGACCACAGGUCUGGCCCGCGUAUCCAGUAACCUUUGGGGUUGUAAGGAUGAAUCGGGCACCUGUCAUCCGUUCGGAACACGACUUCAGUCGGAUAAAUGUGUAACGACAAAAUGUCAACUGCGACCCGAGGGGCCCCUCUUCUUUCCCGUGGAAAUAGGAUGCAAGUUUAGAAGACGUUGCCGGAAGCUGGAUUCCACGUGGAUCAACAGACGGAGGUGUGUCCAACAGACAUGUCAAUGGGCCCCUGGGGCCACGUCUCCUGAUAUUGUCAACACACCCUACGGAUGCCGGGAUAUGAAGAACAGAUGUCGUCCAUUUGGUUAUAUCUCCAAGGACUCAGAAAACGAAUGUGUCCAGUACAAAUGCACUCCAUUUGAGAUUUUCUCGCCUAUUAAGACAGGCUGUCCCUGGCAGGGUAAAUGUAUGAAAGAAGGCGACGUCUGGUCUGAUCAAAAUGGGACAUGUGCCCUGUACAAAUGUAUCCGAGAAAAUGUCGGACCUAGCAGUGUCAAAAUGCACACUCUAUCCUAUCCAGGUUGCCGCGGUUUCUCUAACGAGUGUCUAAAGGAAGGGCAGAUUGUGGAAAAAAGGUGUACUAAGUAUCAGUGUAUUCCCAAUCGAGGAGGACUUGUCAUUGUCCAGGAAGGUUGUGCAUACGGCGGAGAAUGUAAACCACUGAACUCCACUUGGUUUGAUCCGGAAACAUGUACAGAUUACUCCUGUGUUUACGAUAGCGAAGCAAAAGACAUAUCAAUUGUGGAGAAAACAGGCUGUAAAGAUGACGGUGGGAGAUGCUUUGCCACUGGUGAAAGAAAAGUGGAAGGAUGUAAUAAGUUCCUCUGCAAUAAAAAGUCAAACUUCCGGCCAAUUAAAAUGAGUUGUGAGUUUAAGGGAGAGUGCAAAGCCAUUGACAGUAACUGGGUAGAAGGAUGCAUUACUUACACAUGUAAACUGAUCGCAAAGGGUCCCAACUUUGUUCAGACCAACAUAGAGGAAGUUCACGGUUGUAUUGGUGAUGAUGGCAAAUGUUACAAGGUUGGUGAUGAACUCGUAGAAGAUUGCUCAAAAUUCACGUGCACCGCUGGGGGGAUCAUGCAGGAAACACAGUUUGGCUGUAAGGGCUUUAAUGGGCAGUGUCUCUCAACUGGGUCUACAUUAGAAGUUAACUGUGUCAAGUACGUGUGUGAUGGAGAAGCUAAAAGCAUGGUUCCUGUGGAAAAAGCGUGCGAGUGGAAGGGAGGUUGUAAACCAGUUGGUUCUAAGUGGUUUGACAAGGAGUCCUGCCGAGGGUAUACGUGUGCUUUAGAUAUAACUGACAAUGAUGUUAAAAUUACUGAGAGAACAGUCGGAUGUACCCUAUCAUCUGGUGAGUGCAAGCGCUCAAGAACCCUGCAAAACAAAGAUUGUGUCCAGUACAAGUGUACUGUGAGAGGUCAGCUGAUCCCCAAGAAGAUUGCGUGUGAGUGGGACGGAGAGUGUGCAGACGUGGGUACCACAUGGACAAGGAAUUGUACUCACUACAGAUGUGUUAUUACACAGGAAGGUCCAGAUUACGUCCAAACGGAAGUGCUACAGCAAAGAGGGUGCUUCGACUCUCAUGGACAUUGUUAUGACGUCAUGGAUGAGGUCAGCUUUGGCUGUAAUAAAUAUCGAUGUGGAAUGGGAGGCUCACUAGAACUCAUUGAUUCAGGUUGCAUUGAUAAAUACGGGAAAUGUAUGAAGCCUGGGGACAUAGUUGAGGAAGUAGAUGGGUCCAGCCAUAAGUGUGUGUGUGACGGCUCCUCCUGUCUUGUUUUUACUCAAGUAAAAGGGUGCAUGAUGAAUGGUACCUUAUAUCCAUUUGGUCAGAGAAAACAGGACGGGUGUACUGUAUAUGAAUGUCAGAAUCUAAACAACUGUGGGAAGUUUGUUCCAAUACAAUGGGGUUGUUACUGGGUGGAUAGAUGUUACAGCCCCGGGGACAAGUGGAAGUCACAACGAGGCUGCUCCAUCUUCACGUGUGCGAUGAACCAGAAACCUAGCGGGGACGUUGACAUGAUAGUAUCAAGGGAUAUAGGAUGUCCAUACGAACAUGAGUGUAAGGAGGAUGGUGAACAGUGGAGAGACGGAUGUUUUGAGAAGAAAUGUAAAGUUAGAACAACAAAGGAUAAUUCAAAGGAAUCCGCCAUUAAAAUCGUCAGUGGCGGAUGCCAGGAGGGGGUAGGUGAUGGUAUGAUUUGUCAUCCUUUGGGGAGCAUCUGGGAGGAACACCAUUACGAUGGAUGCUUCAAGAAGCAGUGCUACACAGACCCUCCUCAGGAAAACAAAUAUGUAACCAUGACUGUUGGGGCGUCAUGUCGGGACGCCUACGGUACGUGCCGUCCUGUCGGCUCAGCGGGUUUUGCCGCUUACGUCAACGGUCAGCUUAGAGAGGAGUGCACGUGCUCACCGAGGGACGGGGAAACCAACGGAGUUCAGUACACUUGUAAUGCGAAAGCCAAUCCAUUUAUUUGUGAAGGAUGUUAA